CCUAAUUGUUGUGAUAAACUUAUUAAAUAGAUUAAAUGAAAGCAUUUUAAUGACUCUCAGAUGUCGCAGGAUUUUAACACCACAAAGUAUAUUAAGAAGCAGUCCUCCCUGAAAAAACUCAAGGAAAGGAGCACGUCGAAGUUGACAAAUAGACUGUCUGACAAAGUAUGCCUUGAGAAGGUUUUGGGUUUGACAGUGAAAUGCAGCAGCCACAUCGUUGUUCACGAGCCAACUCAUCAAUGUGCUUAUUUAGCUGGGAGUGUCGUGGUUAUCUUAAACAGCAAAACCAACAGACAGACUCAUAUUGUCAACACUUGCAGAAAGACGUUGUCAUCAGUGGACUUUUUGUACGAUGGAUCUCACAUUGCCACUGGAGAAGCUGGCCACCAGCCGGCGGUGAGAGUGUGGAACAUAGAGCCCAAUGCGGUGAGUGAGCACGGGUGUGGGGUGCAAGUGGCAGAGCUACAUGGACACUCGUUCGGGAUCCCCAUCGUCGCAUUCGCCCCUCACAGUUCCAUGUUGGUGUCAGUGGGGAAUCAGCAUGACCAAGAGAUCAAUGUGUGGAAUUGGCGGAGUGGACUGAAGGUGGCCUCUAACAAAGUGUCGGCCAAAGUGCAAACUGUGUCUUUCUCGGAGGAUGGGAAGUGGUUCGUCACAUGUGGCGUCAGACACGUACGCUUCUGGUACAUCGAAAAGUCAUCAAAGUAUGGCCAAUUUGCAUCCAAACUCCGAACAAGUAACCUGAAUGUGGAGCCGCUGAAGGGCAAGGCGGCUCUGUUGGGAGAGAAGAAGACCCUUUCUUUCUGUGAUGUGUCCACGGGAAAGGGUCUGAAGAAUGGUAGUUGCUUCACAGUGGCCAAAGAGGGCAUUCUGUGUGAGUUCAACGCCAAGAGGAACCUCACCAAGUGGGUGGACCUCAGUACGUCUGCAGCGUACAGUCUGGCCGUGGGAAAGAAGUACAUCUACUGCGGCUGUGCCAAUGGGAGCAUCAGAGUGUUCGAGGUGCUGUCUCUGGACUACCUAGCCACGUUUCCCAAGCCACACUUCCUGGGAGUCCAGGUGGCAGCUUGCACUGACCCCACUCAUCUCACUGACCACCCGGAGGAUGCCAGGUAUCCGGACUGCGUGGCUGUGCAACUGGACGAGAGCAACCAAAAGCUGUAUGCUUGCUACAGUGACCACAGUCUCUACAUUUGGGAUGUUUUCAACCUCUACAGAAUAGGGAAGUACUCCUCCUUCCUCUUCCACUCCGCACCUGUCAGAGAUGUCAAGAUGUAUCCAGAAUUAGAGGUACCUGGACCCUUGCCGCCUGGAAGCUUCCUUACCUGCAGUAACGACAACACACUACGUGUAUGGAACUUGUACCCACACAUAAACCUAUCGGGAACGACCUACGAGCCGAAUGUAUACAGCAACGAGUUACUAGACAUAGUUUAUAUAGACACUGACCAUUUGAUGGACAUAGAUGCCUCGAAACACCAACAAGACAGAGGGGGAUUCCCGUUGAACAGCGUCAACAGCGGGUCUUAUGCGGUGCUACCUACAGACAAUGUACAACAAGAUGACAAGAAGGCGGGCUUUAGGUGUAUGGCGCUGACUGAUUCGGGCACUCAUAUCGCAGCUGGAGACAGAAUGGGCAAUGUGCGCAUAUAUGAUGCCGCCAUGCUCCACAAGGGUGAGCUAUUGACUCUCGAGGCUCAUGACUCAGAAGUGCUCUCUCUGGAGUACUCUGCCAGCUACAUUGAGCCUCCAAUGCUGGCGACAGCUUCCAGAGACAGAGUGCUGCAUGUUCUCUCAGUUGAUCAGAACUACGACCUUGUGCGAACUUUGACUGAUCAUUCUAGCUCCAUUACGGGAGUGAAGAUCCACGAGCUCCGAAAUGGGACGAUCCAAUUGGUCAGUGGAGGAAUGGACAAGUCUCUGGUGUUCCGAAAUGUGACGAUAGGAAAUGGAGGAAAUGUGCAACUUACAAGAGAGCAUAUUGUGGCUGAGAAGACCACUUUUUAUGACCUGACUCUAGACACGGAACAGAAUCUGUACGCCACAGCUUGCCAAGAUCGAAAUAUUAGGUUUUAUGAUUCGGAGACUUCAAAGCACGUGCGUACAAUCAAAGGAUCCGAAGCGGAGGAUGGAAAUAUUAACAGAUUGUGUCUGGAUCCGACACAGACAUUCAUCGCUACUUGUGGCUCUGACAAAACUAUCUCACUUAUUGACAAACAGUCGGGCGAUAUUGUAACAACUGUGUUUGGGCAUUCAGAAACGAUAACUGGGCUAGCGUUCACAAACGAUUCAAAAAGGCUCAUUUCAACUUGUGGAGAUAGCUGUGUGUUCGUUUGGAAGCUAAGCAGACAGAUGACUCAGCAUUUGAAUCAAGUCCCUAUCCCUGAUGAGUUUUCCCAUCGCAGCUUGUCCUCCGCACCUCCAGCCGAGUUCAGGACCAGAGCUAGGAGCGAAUCCGUGAAGCCAGCGAUUAACAAAGCUAUUCUCCUGGACGACGAUGACUCUGAGUUACCCUCUUGGUUCAAGAAGUCAAAUCCUUCUAAGAUGAAGAGGGGAGGUCCAGCCAACCCUAUGAGUGCCUCAUUGGGAGGUCUUAAUGCGGUCGGGGAGGACCACCUAUCGAUGCCAGGGGGCAGAUGGGGUGACAGGGCAAACGAGCAGUUCAGUCUAGCCACUUCAGUCAAUGUUGCCUCUUGCGGGGAGGAGUUCUCAAUGUGCGAUCCUCAUCAAUUGUUCACCGAGAACCUUGCCGUAAAGAGAUACAACUCGGGAUCCGAAAGCAAUGCCUCUAUCUGUUCUUCCACUAACUUGGCCGAGGAAAAGGUAAACAGUGAAAACCUCAACCUAGCCUCACCCCUUAGUCGACAGUUCGACAUUGAAGACAUCGAAAUAUCAUCUCCUGACCCAGAAAACGAGGCAAAUACAACUGACUUGGUUGAACCUCGAAAGCUGUCUCAAAUUAAAGAAGUGUUGGCCCCGUCAGAAAGGCCCUCAGAUCUGAAAUUUCCAGCGAUGUCACCUACUAAAAAGUCCGAUAAACAGACACCUAGCGUAGAUACCCAGCCAGUUCCGAUCUUCAUGGCGGCCACUGGGGCAAAGGAGGAUGAGAAAGGAAAAGGGAGUUAUAAGGAUGACGUGGAAGGGUUCAAAGUGAACAUCUCGAAUACGGACAGGUUGUCGCCAGACUCCGUGGACAAGGAUCAAACCACGUCUGAAGAUCAAGACUCGAUAAGCGAGAGUGAAGGACCGCCCGGCCGUCGCUUCAAGGUCAAAAGUAGCACUAGUCGAUCGAAUCUGGACAAAUCAGGUGCCAGCCGUCGCACAGUGGUUGCCGCUAGAUCAUCAACUGAGUUAGAUGCUGAAGCAGCAACUGAUGAGGAAGAUGAAAAUAUGGAAGCAGGAGGAGAUGCGGACCAGGAUAGCAUCAAUGAUGGCGAUGCAGAGGAGGAUGAUAACGUGGAAGACGUGAAGCCUGAAUUAGCUGCACCAGUGGAGUUGAGACGAAACAGAAGAAAUAGUCUGACAAACCAGCAUUUCAACCGCAUGACUAAUCAUCAGGGAAAAUCUGCGAAGAAUCCUCCCAAAAUGAAACUGGUGCACCGUUUGCGUCAUUUGAUGAAACCGACUCCGUUACUGAACUCAAAGAAAACAUUGGAAGAAUUACGUCAAGACGAAACCGGGAAAGAUUUCUCGCUUGUUACACAAUCGGAGAGUGUCGAAACUACCGUGGCAACCGAUGACCAUCAUAGUGUGAACCCGAGUCAUCCUUCUGAUGUGGCAUCAGGUGACCGGGUGGCACCUAAGAAGUUCGCCAGGACGCAUCUCACUCCCGGCAACAAUAAACUGAUUUCAUCCCAGAGCAUGAGUCGGCCACAGGCAUUGCAUAUGUCACUUGAUGGAACUGAAUCUUCAGGCAGCAAACUGAAAUCAACCAGCAGCAUGCGAGCCUCGACCCAGUACUUCAUGCCGAUUUCAAAAGGUGACCCAGACAUGGCAUCUUUUGGCUCACCUGAUUUGAAUCAGCCAUCUGUUAGCUAUUCAUUCUCUUAUAAAACACUGAGUAUACCAGUUCCAGUGCCACAACAUGUUGCAGCGAAACUAACUCCAGUGUCGUCCAAACUCAGCAAAUCGUCGACGUUCUCCAAACAGAACAGUGAGGCAUCGCCGAAAUUGCUAAGGUCGCGGAACGCAUCGGCGAGUCAGUCGACUCCCGUUUCACCGAAACUCAUCCCGAAGUCACCGCCGAAUAGUUUCGGGUCACCGUCACCGAGAUUAUCUCGAUUAGCACUGUCAGUUGCAUCAAAGAUAUCGCCAACUUCUAAAGGACCGAAGCCGGCUGUAGAACGAGCAAGAAACAAGUCGACGUCAAAAAUAGAAAGUAGUUUCACACGAUCUGGUAAUACCAGCGUGACUAGAAAUUCAAGAUCGAUGCUACCUCAAAGUACAGCAAGUGUGAAUCUGCAGAAAAAGAAGUCGAAAAAUCUUUCUAGUUUUCUGAAACCGAAGCGAAGCGCCAAUUCGCCUAUUAGGAACUCGAAAUCGGUUCCACCGAAAAGGGAACCUGCGACCACGGAACAGUCAUUUGAAAUGCUCUUUGACGAUAAUUUCAAAGCAUCCGAUACUAGUGACCCUAGUUCCAUUGGGUGUCAGUGUGAUAAAAAAGCUGGGCUUUCGGCUGCCGACCCUGCUUCAUUGAAAAGUCCGGUGCUUUCGGACACUCGCAGGAGUUCCAAGAAUCUGAAGCACCACUCUGAGAAGUCAGGUGAUCUAUCUUCGGAGACGACUAACUUGUCGCAUAACAGCAGUGUGAAGAUGAAGAGGAGAGGAGCGAUGCUGGAUCCCAACCGAGGUUCACAUGUGAAUGAGAAGAACCCGGCGGCAGACAAGGGGCAAGAGCAGGAGUCAAAAGCAACAAACAUCAGACGAUUCAAGUACGAUUUGGGGCAGAAGCGUCGAGCGUCUGAUGUCGGGCAAAAGCGCCGUGGAUCAGACAACAAUCUGACGAAGCGUCAAACUGGUGGAAGUUCGACGACUCUGAGCGCAAACCAAGGCAAACAGACAAACAGUGUAACAACAACAUCGUCAGCCACAACAACAAACACAGCAGUGACGACAUCAAACAAUGCACCAAGGACACUGUCCAAUGCAUCCACUACCUCAACUACAUCGGAAGUCUCCUUAUCCAAAGCACCCAGUUACCUCAAGGCCACCAGGAGUUCUAAUCUGAAGACAGCCAACUCGUCCUUGGCUAACAGCAGGAGCGGAUCCAACACAACUCUGCACAAAAGUGGGCUCUCUGGAAGCAAUACGGUGGCUGAUUUAUCUGAAGAUUCUCUGGAUGAAAGGAGCUCGGCUAGUUACGCACCUUCACAGAAGCCUAAAAGGACAUCUAAGGCACCGCUGCAUAAGUAUGCCAGUUCACGUGGAGCAGAGAAGAAGAAGAUCAAGAGUUGGAGGUCUGCCGAUUCCCUCUUCCAAGAAACCGCCUUAGCUCUCCCAGGCAGCAGAAAGGAAACACUCGUUGGCGGCGACCACUUAACAGAAGUCGAAGAAACGCAACUCGCUUCGCCUCACGGGUCGAAACACUCGGGAAAUUUUUUGACCCCGACCAAUCCGAUGGAUUUGAAUGGUGCUUCAUCCACUGCGGGCAAAACCUAUGCUUCUGCGGGAACCACAGCUCCUUGUUUGUUCUGCAUCAGAAAAGAGACAGGAGUGGACGAUGACGAGGGAUUUGUGAGUAAUGAGUACAAACAAGAGAGGUGUGUCUGUCUGCCGGAACAGGUGCUGAGAAUGAGACCUCCGAAGAACACGGACCCGGGACUGAGUGACUCUGACCUGGAAGACUCGGACAACCGGAGUGGCUCAGAUUACUGUGUCAGCCAACAAGAUCUUAACUUGGCUGGGUGUCAGCGUGCAGUGAACAGACUGAACCACUCUUUCAAGGUCGUCAGUGGAUACCACCAGCAGGCCGAGGACAGCGAGGAAAAGGAUGAGAUAGUGCAGCUGUUAAGAGACACCUGUUCUCAAAUAUCUCACACAAUGCUAUCCAAUGGCAUGAUACCCAGCGGCACUUACCAACAGCUGGCAGAACACGAUCUACAACAGCUCAAAAACAAGUUCAACUUCCCCUCACCUAACAACACGGCUUCGCGGAACCUGUUGAGUGGUUCGAGUGUGACAGACAACGCAGCUGUGAUGAACCUACUACAACACUAUUCUGGCAUGUUGGUCAACAUCUUCCAGCAGCAACUCUCAAACACAGACCUCACUCAGACAGGCAGUUCCUCCGACACCACUUCUAUCUCAGCCACUGUCAGUUACAACGACAUGCAGAACACGCAAGAUGACUUUCCUUCUGAGGGUACAAAUGACGAUUCAGAACAACCGGCUUCUAUUAGCCUGUCACAUGCAGCAAGCAAUGAAACCCUGGAAGAGAUAUGAACUCUCUUGGUUGCUCCGAAGUAAUAACGGAAUGUCUAAAAAUGUUGAAAAAACUUGAUCGCAGAGGUUUUGUUUUGAAAGAUGGUAAAAACUGAUUAACCAACCCCUUGACUAAAACUUAAUUGCAUCAGAGCUUUGGGUCAUUUUAGUGUAGAUAGACUUACAAAUUAGACAAAACUAGUGCACAAGGAGUUUCAGUGCAGUAAUCUUAAUUAACAUAAACAGAACUUAGAAUUAAAAUUGUAAAUUUAAUGAAAUAUUUGCCUCAAUUCUGAUUUAAAGGCUAUCUGAAGCGAUUUUUGUUUGCAAUUGUAAAUGCGCAUUCUUUUGAAAUUUUGACCAUUUUAAUACAAUUCAAUCUAAGUUAGGGCUCUCCUUUAAAAACACGAUUAAGUUAUCAGGCUCAUUAUGAAAUUCUUGAUAUAAAAAUUUUGAUGGCAGAAUAAUUGCAGAAACUUUCUUUUUGUUCUUAAUGUGCUCAAUAUUUGCUCGGCUUAACUAAGUUUUUAUCUUGUGUUACUUACCUUGAAUUAUUUAUUGUUUAAGCGUUUUACAUAUCAGUUGUAUUGAAUUCUUU